AUGGCAGCACUUCAAGGAUGGCAUCCUGGCGAGCUGGCAAUCCAGCGCAAGCUCGGGUUUGCGGAUGCCGUCAAGAACUCUUGGACUAGUAUGAAAAAUUUCAUGCCGGAGCAGCACCGGAUAUUUCACACGUCUCAUCUUCCCUUCAUCCCGGUCACUACCCUUGACAGAGACGGCCGUCCUUGGGCUUCCGUAGUCGCUGGGCCCAACGGCUCGAUCGGGUUCGUUCAAAGCCCAGAUGACACGACGCUCUCGAUGUACGCUCGGAUCUGGGAUGGAGACCCCCUCCUCGAUACAGUCAAAUCCUGGGGCAGCCUAAAGGACGAAAAAGAUGCGAUCGCGAAAAGAUCGCUAACAGCUGGCUUGGGUAUUGAAUUCUCCACUCGAAGGCGCAACAAAUUUGCGGGGCGCAUUCAACAUGUGGAGCCCGUCACAAAGUCCGAUUAUCACAUUGGCAUGACUGUCACAGAGACCACUGGAAAUUGUCCCAAGUACAUCAACGUUCGCAAAUUUGUCCCGUAUCCAGAAACCCGACCUGUUGUUGCAUACCGAAAGCAGCACCUCUUACCAGAUGAAGGACUUCCAGACGAGGUGGUCAAAUUCAUCCUCGAGGCAGACACCGCAUUCAUAGCAUCGGUAUAUUACGCAGACGAAGAAAACGCCGAUAAGUAUCCUUCCCAUGCGGGCAUGAAUGCUCGAGGCGGUUUGCCAGGCUUCAUUCGCGUUCGACCCUCCGAUGGCCGCACGGUAGUCAUUCCAGACUAUUCCGGCAACCGAUUUGCUUCGAGUUUGGGUAAUAUUGAGUCCAGCGGAUUGGCUGGCUUGACGAUCGCUUCUUUCACAUCGGGCGAUAUCCUUUAUCUUACCGGAAUUGCCGAGAACCACGUGGGCCCGUCUGCACUCAAGAUGAUGACCAGGCAUGCGAGCCUUACAACCUUGGAAGUGACCGGCUAUACAUUUGUUCGCGAUGCUCUUCCUGUCCGGCAGCAGCCUGGGACAUCCGUAGAGCGCAGUCCAUACAGCCCCAAGGUCAAGUACUUGGUGGAGGAGGCGGGAGCCGAUUCAAGUGCCAACGGAGGACAUAAAGCUUCUCUUCAAGAGGCGCUGCGACUGUCCGCUGAUCUGGCCGUUUUCAAGUUCAAAGUCACCACACGCUCUGGGAGCCCGGAGCUGAAGGUACGACCUGGGCAGGCCAUCGCGCUUGAUUUCAUGGACUGGAUCGGGCCACCGCGGUACCAACAUAUGGCAGAUGCAGCACCCGAAUCAAUUAAUGAUGAUCGAGUCCGUACAUGGACAGUCUCGAGCGCCCACGAGAGUAUGGGUGUGACAUGGUUCGAGCUGACCAUGCGCAAAAGGCCCGGCGGCGCAGUAACAGGUGCCUUAUUCAACAAAUUCAAUUCAAAUGCGUCAACGCUACCGGGACAAAAAGUUCAAUUUGAUGGUUCUAUUUGUGUGGAGGUGGUGGGCGUCAUAGGGGACUUUUUCAUGAGCUCUGAGAAGGUCAAUGCCUUAUGGAUAGCUGGAGGUAUUGGUAUUACGCCAUUUCUAUCCAUGCUUUGCGCGCUAGAGCAGCGUGGUCCAACUGCUGACGGCGACGUGUUAAUGGUUCUAUCAACAAGGGAGCCUGAUAUCAUGCUUCACCUGAUCCAGCCCUCCCUAGCAAAGAUGUCCCCGACUGUCAAGUUCAGUGUCGAAAUCUUCACGAGGGCACCUAUUCCUGAAAUAAAUGCUCUUAGAGGACUAAAUGUGAAGAUUACUUUUCACAGAGGACGUGUCGGGUCAGGAUUCUGGGACCGCGCGCCAAAGGAUAAGGACGUUUUCAUCUGUGGCCCCAACGAGUUCGGCGACUCGGCCGUAAAGGGAUUUCUAGCUGCAGGGGUGAAGCCAUGUCAGAUCCACCGCGAAGGCUUCUACUGA